CCAAGAAACUUCUAUAACUGCAUCAGCCCACUCUCUAGUCUCUGACUAACGAACUUCCAUUUUCAAAAUUCGAAUUUCUAAUUUCUAGUUUCAAGCUUUCGUACGGAGAAAAAAUGAAGGAGAUCGCGAUGAGGAAUUCAAAGCGCAAGCCUGAGCCGACGCCGUUCGCCGGGAAGAAGCUCCGGUCGACGCGAUUACGCCGGAAGAGAGCACAGAUCUCUCCCGUUCUUGUUCAAUCACCUCUCUGGAGCAAACAAAUCGGAGUCUCUGCUGCUUCUGUCGAUUCCUGCUCCGAUUUGCUAGCUGAUGACAACGUUUCCUGUGGUUCGAGCAGAGUCGAGAAGAGCUCGAAUCCGAAGAAGACUCUAAUUGAAGAGGUAGAAGUUUCUAAACCUGGUUAUAAUGUGAAGGAGACGAUUGGUGAUUCGAAAUUUCGAAGGAUUACGAGGUCUUACUCUAAGCUACACAAGGAGAAGGAGGGAGAUGAGAUCGAAGUAAGCGAAUCGUCUUGUGUUGAUUCGAAUUCUGGUGCUGGAUUAAGGAGAUUGAAUGUGAAGGGAAAUAAAAUUAACGACAACGAUGAGAUCUCUUUCUCACGAUCCGAUGUGACCUUCGCCGGACAUGUCUCCAACAGCCGGAGUUUGAAUUUCGAAUCGGAGAAUAAGGAGAGCGACGUCGUUUCUGUCAUAUCUGGAGUUGAGUACUGUUCCAAGUUCGGGAGCGUUACCGGAGGAGCUGAUAACGAAGAAAUUGAAAUCUCCAAGCCGAGCAGCUUCGUGGAAGCUGAUUCCUCUCUUGGAUCGGCCAAGGAAUUGAAGCCGGAGCUUGAGAUAGUCGGAUGCGUCUCUGAUCUCGCUUGCUCUGAGAAAUUCUCGGAAGAGGUUUCGGAUUCUCUCGAUGAUGAGUCAUCUGAGCAACGUUCAGAGAUAUAUUCACAGUAUUCCGACUUCGAUUACUCGGAUUACACUCCGUCCAUCUUCUUCGACUCUGGCAGCGAAUUCUCUGAGAAAUCUUCCUCUGAUUCUCCUAUUUCACAUUCUCGCUCUCUGUACCUCCAGUUCAAGGAACAGUUCUGUAGAUCCACGAUUCCCAACGAUUUUGGAUCUUCUUGCGAGGAAGAAAUUCACUCUGAAUUGCUAAGGUUUGAUGAUGAGGAGGUGGAAGAGAGCUAUCUAAGGCUGAGGGAAAGAGAAAGAAGUCAUGCAUAUAUGCGGGACUGUGCUAAGGCAUACUGCUCCAGGAUGGACAAUACUGGUCUCAUCCCUCGUCUACGCUCCAUCAUGGUUCAAUGGAUUGUAAAGCAAUGUUCUGACAUGGGGCUUCAGCAAGAGACAUUGUUUCUAGGAGUUGGUCUGUUGGAUCGAUUCCUGAGCAAAGGAUCAUUCAAAAGCGAAAGGACUCUAAUACUAGUCGGGAUUGCGAGUCUUACUCUGGCCACCAGAAUUGAAGAAAAUCAACCUUACAACAGCAUCCGGAAAAGGAACUUCACCAUUCAGAACCUAAGAUAUAGCCGGCAUGAAGUGGUGGCAAUGGAGUGGCUGGUUCAAGAAGUCCUCAACUUCAAAUGCUUCACACCCACAAUCUUCAACUUCUUGUGGUUCUACUUAAAAGCUGCUCGAGCCAAUCCAGAAGUUGAAAGGAAAGCCAAAUCCUUGGCUGUUACCUCACUAUCCGACCAAACUCAACUCUGUUUUUGGCCCUCAACUGUAGCAGCUGCACUCGUGGUUCUCGCCUGCAUCGAACACAACAAAAUCUCUGCAUACCAACGAGUCAUAAAGGUCCAUGUUAGAACAACAGAUAACGAGUUGCCUGAAUGCGUUAAGGUGUUUUCAGUAACACUCUCAUUAUAUACAAAUCUCAUUUUUACCACUAAACGUAAGGUAAGUGACUGUUUUCACAUUUUUGUUCCCUAUACAACAGAGUCUGGACUGGUUGCUUGGGCAGUAAGCAAUCAAAAAGAACAAAAACCCUAAAACCAGGACACAGUAUACUCCGAUACCAACACACAGGUUAUCAUUACUAUUUACAAAAACAAACACAAGGUAAGUAAUAAGAACUCCUCUACAGAUUUAUAUACUUAAUCGAGCUGGACUUAAUUAGCUCUUAGUAUACCAAUUAUUAGUGCCACCAUUUGUGUCGCUCAUACACAUUUAUUUCUUAUUUUCCCUAAUUCAUUAGACUCUCAUAUUCUUAAAAAGAAUAUUUCCUUGUUUGAUAUUUCCUCUUUAUUACGUAUGAAAGGUUUUCAAUUUUUCUAAUCUUCACUGUUUCUGAUCUCAAAUAUGAAAAAGCUUAUCAAAUCCAGCUUAAAAAGAGAGUGUAGUCGAAUUUAACUAAAGAUUUAAAAAUGGUAAUGUUUUUCUUCACACACGCUAUAGGAUGCAUUCUCGACGGU